ACACAAGAGCUUAGAAGCCCAGCAGGCGCUGUGAUAUGUAACUGCUGUUUUGCGACAGGGACAAAAACGAGCGCCUUGCUCUUUCCGGUCCGAGCGGAGAGUCUCAUGUUUCAGCUCCUCCUUCACAUUCCAGGCCUGCCCAGGCUCCUCUCCAAAGAUUUCAAAAAUGGAGCCUUUCUCUACCAGUUAUCCUCUGAAAUACUCAGUGCCCAAAACCAGGGUCUUUGUUGUCUUCCUGUCAAUGGUUUUGUGCACCACCAUUCUCUGCCUGCUGCAACUCAGGUUUUUUAAACAUAAAAGCAAAGAUUUUUACUCUUUUGAAGUCAAGGAUUCGCGAGGAAGGAUCAUUUCCUUGGAGAAGUACAGAGGGAAAGCAACUUUGGUUGUAAACGUGGCCAGUUACUGCCAACACACAGACAAAAAUUACAUCGCCCUGCAAGAGCUGCACAGAGAGUUUGGUCCCUCCCACUUCACUGUGCUGGCGUUUCCCUGCAACCAGUUCGGAGAAUCAGAGCCUAGUUCAAGCCAGGAAAUAGAAUCUUUUGCCAAAGGAAACUAUGGAGUAACAUUCCCUGUUUUCCACAAAAUCAAGAUCCUAGGAUCAGAAGCAGAUCCCGCCUUUAAAUUUCUAAUAGAUUCUUCAAAGAAAGAGCCUCGAUGGAAUUUCUGGAAGUAUCUUGUCAGCCCUGAGGGUAAAGUUGUGAAAUUCUGGAGGCCCGAAGAGCCAAUAGAAAGUAUCAAACCAGAAGUAACAUCGUUAAUCAGGCAGAUUAUCAUGAAGAAAAGAGAAGACCUCUGAAAAAGCCAUUCAACACCUUGGGUAUACAGCCUUUCUACAUUCCUGGGAAAUGUUUCUAGAAGCUAAACCAACAGGUGAUUUUGCUGCUCUUUAGCAUUGGUGUUUGCAAUUUGUCUGUUAAUUCUGGAUUGGCUCCUGCAGUGGCCCCAAGGGACCAUCAAUUUGCAUAAGCGGUUUAUGAUUUCUUUUUCUGAACUGCUGACAAUAGCUAAUUAAAAUUGUAGAUAGAUAGUUAGAAAGAUAGCUAGAAAGAAGGUUUAUUAAUAAGUUACUCACUAUUUACGCAGUUUUGUGGUUUUUUCCCAUCUCCCAGUAACAAAGAGAUUUUAUAUUCCAUCAAUACAUAAUUGCCCUGUUAUGAAAGACAUGGGACACAGAGACAUCCAUAGCAGGGUUUCUAGACACAAAUGUAAUUGAAGAU